AUGUGUAUGGGCGCAUUGGGCGGAGACUCCUUCGCGCCCGCUGAGAGGCCAAGCAAGACCAACGAGCGAGCGACGCACGGGCAAGUAGGCGCGACGGUGGGAGGGUACCCUUCAGCAACUACCCGCCCACCGACAAAGCCUACCUACUGCAUUCCACGAUGCUUUUCCCUAACCUUUUCCUUCGCGUUGACUGUCACUUUCUGGCACAUCGCCUGCUCCGUCUUCGCCGGCGCCAUCUGUCGCCAUGCGUUCCAGGGACAACUCGACGCAAUCAAGAGCAUCCCUUCGUACGCACGGGAAGAGCGCCGUACCAUCAUACCCUUUGAUCGCUCCCUCAGCAGUCUCUCCCUCACUGCUGCCUGGUAUCCGUCCACACUCCUCGCCACCGCCUUCCUUUCCGCCAUCACAGUCAUGUACCACAUUCACCACCGUCUCGCCUCGGGUUCGAGUCGUGCUUCGCAGAAAACCGAUGUGGCCUUGUCGCCGGACCAUCACCCCUACCUAGCGGUCCCUUUGACCGGUAACGAGACGGACUUCGACACGGCGUCCAUGUCCCGCCGUCAGGACAUGUACGUUGACCUCUACCGGUACGUGAAAAGCUGCAUCCGCGAAGCGGCGCAAACCGACCACUUUUCCGAGGUCAACGAGGAUCGCUUCCUUUUUGCGAUUUCAACGACCGCCACCAAUGUCCAUCCUGACCUCUUCCCCGAGGUGGCGGGGCAGUUAUUGGGGACCCUGCGGCGGGAAGGCUUCAAUGUCACCCGCUGCGAAAUCGUGAACAAUAUCUUCUGCCUGCGAAUUGACACCAAGUAUGGGCAGCAAACGGCAAUAGCUUCGGAGGACGAGAUAGCCGUGCUUGCUCCAACCUAG